UUCUAUCUAGUCUAUGUACCACGGCUGCUGACCGAUCAUGUUUUGAAGUGGGUAGAAGCUAUAUGUGUUACUUUUGUGAUGACUGUACGAGAUAUUUGUAAGAAUGCCAAUCCAGGCGCCUCAAUGGACGGAUUAUUUGAACUGUCCAGUGUGCUGCCGCGAAUUUGGCGCUCCGCCCCGCAGUCCCAUUAGCCUUGGGUGCGGCCACACACUAUGUAGACACUGCCUCAAACACUUACAUAGAAAGCAAUGCCCGUUCGACCAGGCUGUGAUCCAGGUCGACCCGGAAGAUUUGGUGGUGAAUACGGCUAUUCUUCAGCUCGCCGGGUACACACCCCCGGCGCAGCCGUACCACCCACCUUCCAUACAGGCGCUCCCCGAUCAUGACAAACAGGCCUACGACUGCAUUGUCAAAUGUAUGGAACACCUUGCUGUUUACCUCAAGUAUUGCGGCAAUGCCAACAACAGUAUGGCUAGUAGCCGGCUUUCUCGGCCCAUGCAGAGGAAGCUGGUUAUGCUACUUCAAUGUGCCGUCAUCGACGAGGAAGGGAGAGGCAGGGCGGCACGAGCAGCGCGAUCCCUUGGUGAAAGAACCGUCACCGAACUGAUACUUCAACAUCAGAACCCACAGCAGUUGAGCGCGAAUCUGUGGGCGGCAGUGAGAGCGCGCGGCUGUCAGUUCCUCGGCCCGGCGAUGCAGGAGGAAGUCCUCAAGCUGGUACUGCUGGCUCUCGAGGACGGAUCUGCACUAUCCAGAAAGGUGUUAGUGAUGUUUGUUGUCCAAAGACUGGAGCCUCAUUUUCCGCAGGCUUCAAAAACUAGCAUAGGCCAUGUCGUCCAGCUCCUUUACAGAGCUUCUUGCUUUAAGGUAUCUAAACGCGAAUGCGAUUCAUCUCUAAUGCAACUAAAGGAAGAAUUCCGUACAUACGAGUCGUUACGGCGCGAACAUGACGCGCAGAUAGUUCAAAUAGCAACGGAGGCGGGGCUUAGGAUAGCUCCCGACCAAUGGAGUGCCCUGCUCUACGGAGACACCGCCCACAAGAGUCACAUGCAAAGCAUUAUUGACAAAUUGCAAACUCCGCAGUCGUUCGCGCAGUCAGUCCAGGAGUUGUUCAUAGCGUUGCAGAGAACAGGUGACCCAGCGCAACUGGUCGUCAUGAGCCUGCAUCUCGAUAGACUAGCCAACAUCGACGCUAGCCCAGACGCGAAGAACCCGUCUUGGCAGCAGCUAGCUGAGGUGGUGACGUCACUGAAAGAGGUCGUGGCCGGCCUCAUACAUUACUUGCAGCAGCAGGCCACCGGCCGGGACUCCAACCAUAAUCAGAAACAACACCCACUACCCGAACGGUGUAUGGAUAACAAUGCCAGUCAAGUCUCCCCGCAGACGGCAGCGUCGACUCCAACACAUAAUAAAUACAAGGUGUCGAUGUGCAGAGACGCGGCUACACGCUCCUUCUGUCCUCGAGGAAACUCCUGUACUUUCGCUCACUCUGAAGAAGAAAUGGAAAGGUUUAGGAUUAACGGCAAUUUCCCGUAUCCGAUGAUGCCAAACCAGCCGUUGCUCCCGAACCAGCCAAUCCCGAUGCCGGGGCCCACAAUGCCGAUGGCGGCGCCGGGUGUACAAUACCCACCCUUCCCCAUGCCCCAACCACAUUUGGAGGGCCAUUAUAAUGUACAACCCAUGCCGCCGGUGAAUAUGCCCGCUGACAUGGAGCACGUCAACGUGAACAACGGCCACCAUGCAAUUUACACCCCGCACCCGAUAAUCCUGAGCCAGGAGGUUUUGAUCCCCACUAAUGGGGAUCGUUUCUAUCCGCGGUACAACGCGCGCUUGCCCGAGGAACAUCACGGUCCGGUGCAAUACAGAACCUUCGUGCCACCGCCACCUCCGCAGAACAACGUACAUAUGUACCCACAACCAGAACCUCCACAGCCUCCCAGGGAUGAUUUGUUCACUCCGGGAAUGCCUGCAGAACUACUGCCGGAGUACCGAGUGAAUGCGAACACUUACGGGCCUCGUCCCGACGCUGUGUGGGCUCCCAAUCCGGGCGAGAUGUUCAAUUUCGGAGACAUGCGAGCAGCUCUGCCAACGGCCCCUCCAUUAGCUCCUGAGCAGGUAUACACUCCGGCGCGCUCGUCGGUGAUUCUCCCACUAGUCCGGUCUCGGCGCUCGUCGCCAGUGGACGGUGCGGGGCCCCGGGCAGUGGGUGGACCUGUGUCGGGCCCCGGGCCCAUCCCGUGCCCUGCGCCACCAGAGCCUUUUGCCGCGCCGGCCCCCGUGCCUACAGUAAGCAACGGUCCGACGGCGAGCCAGACAGUGGCGGCUAGUAGACUGGCGGUCGGCGCCAACCGGCUCCCUCGCGACAGGUCCACCGUUGCAGAUCGCCUCAGUGCCGCCGCUAAAGCGUAUCAAGCGACCGGGUCCGAUGACCAAGAAUUAGAGGCUGGUCUGCAAGCUCUUGAGCGCAGGAUCGACACGGAGUUCAAGAGCGCCGACUAAUGCCGAGUAAGCCCUGCUGACGCUCCCGGCAGAAACAUUUAAUAUAAGGCGACAUGAAUUACAAAAUCUUUUUUACAAAGUUUUCUAUCUUCAACACUUGAACGGUAGGAAUAACAAACAUGUUUACGUUUCACCUGUACAGAAUGACUUUUAAGAAAUCGCUUUCCUACAAUGGAACGGUUUGCAGUCACUACAAUUAUGGCAAUAAAGAGCUAAGCUAAAUAUAAUAAUAAUAUUAUAGCAAUAUUGAGCUAAAUAUAAAAAUAAUAUUGUAGCAAUAAGGGCUAAGGCAAAUUCGUGACUGCCAUUGAGUGAAAUUCACGCUGUACAGGAAAAACGUAACUAUUAAGUGUAUAAUAUCUCCCAUAUAAUGGAUGUCCUACGCCAAAUCGGAUGGCAUACUCUUCUCACAUGAAAUUAUCAAAAACUAUUUGUUUCUUUAGGACAAUGUGAAUGAGACUUUAUGAAAAGUUAGAUUAUUCCUAGGGACGUCACAUUUAUCCACUCCUCCUGUGGAUUUAUUUGUUAGAAUUUGAUUUUUGUUUUUGUUGUAAUAGUAAGAUUCUUACAAACAUUUUAUUUAUGUUAGAUUUGACAAUGUUUUCCUUUCUUUUUUUAUCUACAGACUUAUAAAACAAACUUAUACGUACACGCAAACUAUGGCCCGUAAACCAGACACAUGUUUUUGCGACCAAUUUCUUUCCCGUCGGUAACUUGUUGAAUACUUCAGAGAGUCUGUAUUAUAAAGGGUAAUGGACGUCCGCUGCGGCUCGUAAAGUGGGUCCGUGGUCGUUCAGUGCUCAACCCUCCGUACAUACCGCAGCUUAAGUGCACAACGCUUUAUAAUACAACUCUGAAGCAUUUUACAAUUUAUCAACGGGGAGGAAAUAAGUUAUUAAAAUAGGUGUCUGGUUUACAGGUUUUUCGGCGCAAUAUUGAAAGACGGAUGAUUUUAAUAACUGCAUCAUUUUACACGAUUGGUAUUAUGUAACAGUCUCAAUACAAAAGAAAUACUACUUUAUUUAGAUAGCAGUAAGCUAGCAAUUAUAGUUUGCUAUAACGCUAGCGUUAUUUAAAUGAAAUCAUAAAGUGGACUGUUUUUGGCCCGUUUUGAUUACUGUUUGAAAAUACGUUUUUUGAAGGUGUAACUUAUAACCGAUGCUACGCUUUGCUGUGCGGCUAUGCUGAUUAAGAUAAAUAAACAUUUGACAAAGAGUUUCAUGAAUUAGAGAAUUAUAUAAUAUUUAUUUUAUUGAGAUUUAUGUAUGUACUAAGAAUAAAUCGAUCAAGUCAGCAUGAAUUCGAAAGAUCCAAUCAUAAAAGCGUAGCCUUAACAGUCUGAUUAUCUCGUGGGCUACCCAUGGUCUAAUGCUAUCAAAUUAUAUUUUAAAUAUACAUGCGAUGAAAUUAUAUGUAUAUACAAAACAAAGUAAUCAAUCACUUGAACUAGUUGUGUGUUUAUAGAAGUCAGUGUUUUCAUUGGGUGGUAGCUUUCGUGAUGGUAGGUAGUCUAGUCCUUUAGUUCGGGUCGGGCUGAACCGUGAAUACAGCUUGUUGACAAUAACAACUACAUUAUUAUUAAUUCCCUAAAGCACUCGAUGACGUUGAUUUGUGUUAUUUUGUGCAUUUUGGUCGCGAUGUAAAUUCUAUACUUGUUGUAUAAAAAUAAUAAAAUAUUUCGUUUUGCUUUUGCCGGAGUAAACGUUGAUUUAUACGGUUCACUAUUAUUAUAAUCACAAUCGCAACUUCGGAAUUCAUUAUCUGGAUCGAUUUCAAUUGAAUUCAUAUCAUUUCAAGAUUAAUAUAAAAAAAUGUGCAAUAUAAUAAAGAACUUUACGAGUAAGAAUCGGUGAGACAUUAUCAGAACAUCGAGAAGUGCAUAGCGGAGUGCCCCAAGGGUCUGUAUUGGGCCCAGUGUUGUAUAUAAUAUACACAUUUGACCUUCCCAGUUGCCUGAGAUGUGAAGUCAGCAUAUUUGCUGAUGAUACUAAAAUAUUUGCGGAUCCGACAGUUGACUAUAACCAUCUUCAAGAGGACUUAAACAGAAUAGCAAACUGGUCCAAGGAGUGGCUCAUCAACCUCAACGCUUCUAAAUGUACGGUACUGCAUAUAGGUACCAGUAAUCCUCGUCUGACAUAUAAACUGUGUAACGCUGAACUGACAGGGGUCAAGGUGCAAACAGACUUAGGGGUAAAGAUUACCGAGGAUCUAAAGUGGGAAGAGCACAUAACUUCGAUCACCAAAAAAGCCAAGAGUCUUGUAUACCUCAUCAGGAAAGCGUUCGGUGUCUUGACUCCGGAGAUGAUGCUUAAGAUCCACAAAACUUUCGUCAGGCCCGUCCUAGAGUAUGCAUUUCAGGUCUGGAGCCCCUACUUCGUCAAGGAUAUCGAACACUUGGAAAAAGUACAGCGUAGUUUUACCAAAAUACCACGAGCACUGAAACAGCAUCCAUAUGAAGAGCGCUUGAAGGUUUUGAACUUAACCACAUUGAAGGAUCGCAGGCAGCGUGGGGACCUAAUUGAGACAUACAAGAUCUUGAGUGGACAUUAUGACAUUACUGAUUUCGAGCAACUGUUCGCACGUAAUGAAAACGUUCAUCUUAGAGGCCACCACCUUAAGCUGUGUAAAAGCUUAUCGAAAAAUAUUCCUCACAGACAAUUUCUGAGUAAUCGCGUGGUCGGAGCAUGGAACAGGCUUCCAGAAUAUGUAAUCGCUGCACAGAAUGUUAACCAGUUCAAAAACAGACUUGACAGAUACACAACAUCGAAUUAACCACUGAUAGAAGAAUACGAUACAGACAUUUAUCAGUUGUUUCAACUGCCUGUCUGAAUUAAA